UUUCAAACUUAGUAGAUUACAAUAGGCAAAGUUAAAAUGACUAAAGCUCCAGAAACUGAGAUAACGGAUUCCAAAUUUGAGUCUGAAGAUCUUAAGCCCGAUGCCAUGCAAGUAGCUGAAGAUAAUCUGAACCCGGAUCUUCCCGUGUUCUCUGUUGAUAUACUACCAGUGAUAAAGGAAGCUCAGAACCAACAUGGCCUCCGUCAUGGCGACUACCAACGUUACCAUGGUUACUGCAACAGGAGGUUGAAGAGAAUAAGGAGGGUGUUGAAGUUUAAGAUGGGCGACAAGAGGAAAGUGACGCCAAAGAAAGUAACGGAACCUGUCUUCACAGAUCCAAGAUACAUACUGAUGCUGCUAAUGACAUCUGAGAGAGCUUGGAGUCUUGCCAUGUAUUUGAAACAGGAGGCAAACUCGGAGCCGCGUAAGAGGCAUCACAUGGUGGAAAAGAUGAGAAAGGCCGUGGUACUCGCUUCUGAACUCAACACCUUGUGUGAAAGUAGUGAAAAAGUUGAUGCAAGAACUAAACUGGAGGCGCAGGCAUAUUCAGCUUACAUGAGUGGUAUCCUUCAAUUUGAGCUCAAAAAUUGGGUCGCCGCGAUGGAUUUAUUCCGUAAAACGCAAACAAUUUAUGGAAAGCUUGCGGAUACGAUGUCAAAAGAAGAACAAACUGUUUAUAAAACUAUGGUUGACGAAAUAGCACCCAAUAUUAGGUACUGCGCGUACACGAUUGGUGAUCAAUCAGCCAUGGACGACCUGAUGCAAAUGCACGGGACUGGUCGUCAGGAUCCUCUUUUAUCAGAGAAACUUGACUUCCUGAUCGCGGAGUCUCGUGAGAAGAAGGCGGCAUCUAUGAGUGAGAUCAUAUGGAGGAAUCGAACUAUAAGGGUCAAGAAUAAUAAGGUGCGAUUGUUUUUGAUCGGUGUGAAAGAAUUUGAGAAAGAUCUUUCAACCAUUGAUGACAAUGAUAGAGAUGCUAGGGUGGAGGUUUACGAUCGGUUGCUAACUGAAUGUAAAGAUGCUUUGCAAGUCACUAGAGAUGAUAUCCGUACUGACCCACAUUCGAAAGCAAGCGAGAAAACAAACAAGGUGUCCGACUUACAAUUCCUCCAGUCUUACCUCACCUACUUACGCCUCACCAAAACCAUCCAAAGAAAUUUACUUUUACUUCAAGAUCUUCAGGCGAAAUCACCUUCCAUGCUUUUAAGCAGUGGAGCUUCUGAUGAAGCUGCCGCAGGAGAUUCUACGCGACGAGGACCAAAACCAAGUGAUUUUAUUCGACUUUACGAUGGCAUUCUACAAAAUCUUUCGGAAAUUCUGUCUUUACCUGGUGUUGAUGUUGAUUCUGAGAUGUCAGAUGCUGUGGGGAGUCAACGCACUGCAUUCCAGGCUUUCAGGUGUUUUUAUGUCGCACAAGCGUAUGUUAACGAGAAGAAAUGGACCGAAGCAAUGGCACUGUACGAUCGUGUGAUGGAACAUUCUAAUAAAGCUAUGGGAGCCUUGGUGAAGCAAUCUCAGGAUGAUUUUGUGGAGUUUAAAGUCUUAAACAGCAGCAAGCUUGAGAGCUUAGUGGAGACCAUUGCGUUUAACAGAUACAGAGUCCAUGCAUCUGCUAUACUUGACAGUGUAGCUGUAAAUAAAGAUGGAGAAAGUAAGAAAGUUGACACCACUGUACCUCUAAUGGACAGAGUAGACCAUUAUUAUGAAGACCCUACUAUAUCAGCAUUACAAAAUGGGAAAACCAACCCUAAAGUUCCACAGAUGACCUCCGCUUACCCCCCUUCCUUUGAUCCAGUCCCAUGCAAGCCUUUGUUCUUUGACCUGGCGUUAAACCAUGUCACCUUCCCUUCCCUGGACAAGAAACUUGGAAAAAAGGAAAAUCCUCAAAAAGCUGGGAUUACUGGCCUUAUCAGCAACUGGUGGGGUUGGGGUGGAAAGAAAUAACUUCAUCAAAUCAAAUUUUCAUUUUCUUGCAAGGUAUUGUGUGGUUACUGAGUUGAGAACCAUUGCGGUCAGCUGCUGUUUUAAUGUUGUAUGUUUUCAAAAGAACGAACUGUUUUUAAAUUUGACUGUUUUAUUUUAUCGCUGCAAUUUGUGUAUAAGUAUCGGGUGCAUUUUGUUAGGCCGUUUUACGAACUAGAGAAUAUGUUUUGUAUUUGCAGUACCUUGUGUUUCAUAGCGAUUGGUUGCCAUGGUGAAUAAAAGGAAUGGAGGAGUAUUUAAUGUCAAUAAA